AUGUCAUCUACAAAAAAAAGUAAAUCGAAAAGGAAACAGUCAAAAAGAAAAAUUAAUGUGAAAAAAUCAAAAAAACUCAAAACGAUAACUCUAUCAAAAGCUAUUCAAAAGAUAAAAAAACAACUUUUAAUUAGUAAACCACAAACUCUGGGCUCAGCUAUUCAAUUAGCGUUAAAAGUUUUAAAGUCAUUUAACAAGAAAAUAUCAAAACCACGAGUCAUCAAAGUUCCCAAAACAGGUGGAAUACUACCGUUAAUACCAAUUUUUGCUGGACUAAGUGCCCUUGGAGCCUUGACUAGAGGGGCUGCGUCAAUUGCGAAAGCAGUGGGUGAUGCUAAAGCUGCGAAAGAACAAUUGCUGGAAUCUCAUCGUCAUAACAAAACAAUGGAAUCUAUUGCAAUUGGUAAAGGACUCGAUUUGAAACCCUACAAAUCAGGACUGGGUCUUUUUUUAUAACGACAAAAGUUAAUGGACGAAAAAUAAAAUUACCACAACGUCCAUUAACCAAUAUCGAUUUAAUAAAAUAUGUUAAAAUAUUGAAUAUUCAACAUUUCAGAGGAGUAUUUAUGAGAAAUGAUUUUCCAAAAAAAAUUUGGACAAAUGAAACGGGUAUUAUUAAUUUAGAUAACAAAAAUGGUAAUGGAACACACUGGACAGCAUAUAAAAAAAAUCAAUCACAAAUCAUAUACUUUGAUAGCUACGGUAAUCUUCAACCUCCAUUAGAAGCACUCAAAUAUUUUAACUCUAAUGGUUUUUGUCACAUUUUAUAUAAUCAUGGAGUGUAUCAAAAAAAUAAUACUUUUAAUUGUGGUCAUUUAUGUUUAUAUUUUUUAAAUAAAUAGAGAGUAAUAAAUAUGUUUUUGUUUAUUUUAUUUCCAACCUUUAUUCAGUUACAAUGUCUUCAACUUUUGUAAUAUCAGGACGUGAUUCUAUAUUAUCAACAAAAAUAUAUCCUCCAAUAAUUUUAGAGGAAGAAGCAGACUAUCAGAUUGGUUUAAUUGAUUUCUUUACAUACAAUACAAUUCCAAAUGUUGAUAAAACAAAUAAUAUGUUCUAUAUAGAUAAACAUGAAAUUAGUAUACCUGAAGGUUCAUAUGAAGUAGAUGACAUAGCGAGAUAUAUACAUUUUAAAUUAAAAGAAAUCGAGUAUCAUAAGGAAUCCUCAUCGAGUGGUGAUAAAACUAAUAAAACAAACAAAUCAAAUGUGUUAAAAAAAUCUGAAGAAGAAAAACCCGAAUUGGUUAAAUCAAAUAUAAUUAAACCUCUAGAACAUCAACAAAG